GGUAACCUUAUCAUGCUUGGGACCUAUAGACCCGCAUGCGUGGUGUAACCACGCUCACAAUUAGACCUCAGGUCAGGCGGGGCUACCCGCUGAGUUUAAGCAUAUCAAUAAGCGGAGGAAAAGAAACUAACAAGGAUUCCCUUAGUAACGGCGAGCGAACCGGGAAGAGCCCACCAUGAGAAUCGGUCGCCUCAGGCGUCUGAAUUGUAGUCCGGAGAAGCGUCCUUAGUGGCGGACCGGGCCCAAGUCCCCUGGAAGGGGGCGCCAGAGAGGGUGAGAGCCCCGUUGUGCCCGGACCCUGUCGCACCACAAGGCGCUGUCGGCGAGUCGGGUUGUUUGGGAAUGCAGCCCUAAUCGGGCAGUAAAUUCCGUCUAAGGCUAAAUAUUGGCGAGAGACCGAUAGCGAACAAGUACCGCGAGGGAAAGAUGAAAAUGACUUUGAAAAGAGAGUCAAAGAGUGCUUGAAAUUGUCGGGAGGGAAGCGGAUGGGGGCCGACGAUGUGUCUCGGUCGGAUGUGGAACGGUGCAAGCCGGUCCGCCAAUCGACUCGGGACAUUGACCGAUGCGGAUUGUGGUGGUGGCCAAAGCCCAGGCUGUUGAUAUGCUUGUGGAGACGUCAUCACCAUGAUUGUGGAUGGCAGCACGCGUCGUCUCGGCGUGCUUUGGCACUUGCGUGCUCCUGGCAUCAGCCUGUGGGCUCCCCAUUCGGCCCGUCUUGAAACAUGGACCAAGGAUUCUGACAUGUGUGCGAGUCAACGGGCGAGUAAACCCGUAAGGCGCAAGGAAGCUGAUUGGUGGGAUCCCCUUGUGGGUUGCACCGCCGACCGACCCUGAUCUUUAGUGAAGGGUUCGAGUGAGAGCAUACUUGUCGGGACCCGACAGAUGGUGAACUAUGCCUGAGCGGGGCGAAGCCAGAGGAAACUCUGGUGGAGGCCCGCAUCGAUAUUGACGUGCAAAUCGUUCGUCUGACUUGGGUAUAGGGGCGAAAGACUAAUCGAACCGUCUAGUAGCUGGUUCCCUCCGAAGUUUCCCUCAGGAUAGCUGGAGCCCAUGAGCGAGUUCUAUCGGGUAAAGCCAAUGAUUAGAGGCAUCGAGGGUGCAACGCCCUAGACCUA